AUGGGCGUCAUUGACUUCAUCAAGGACAUUAUCCGUCCUGGAAAUGGCGUCGACUACCCCAAACAAGGGGACAUGGUGACCGUUCACUAUCACGGCUACCUAUAUGAUCCGACGCGUUCGUGGAAUAGGGGCCGACGAUUCGACAGUAGCAUCAAGCGAGGCAGACCCUUCACCUUCCAGAUCGGGAUGGGCAAAGUUAUCAAGGGAUGGGAAGUUGGGAUUCUAGGCAUGAGCCUCGGUGAAAAGUCCUAUCUAACCUUCGGCCCACACUACGGAUACGGCGCAAGAGGAGCUCCACCGUUCAUUCCUGGAAAUUCCCCGCUGGUCUUCAACGUUGAACUGCUGGCUAUCAACGGGCGAACUGUCCAGUCUGAUGACUCGGAGUAA